UUAAGCCUGAAUAGAGAUUGAACAUUUAUAUUGUUAAUAACACUUGCUUUCUAAUAAAUGCAAAAACGUCUAAAUAUCAAGAAAUCAAAGGGCACAAUCUUUUUUCCUUUGCGAAUUUUAUACUUUAGAGAAGUCUUAUUUAAGCGUAAAAAAGAAAAAAGAUCUCGCCUUUUUUUUACGAAGAAAUCUUGUACAUAUAAAUAAAAAUUCAAGAAACGGGCUAAUAAGAGCAAGGCAGAAAUACAGCGCAAUAAGCUUGUUUUAAAAUAUUUUUAUUUAAUUUGAACUUUUAGGCCAUCUUCACUUAUGAUUAAUAUUUUACAACUGUCAUUGCUAUUUUGUAUGUCGCCGAGAUCAUGACUUUUGUUAGUCCGUUUGCUACAUGAAUUUGUAUAGACACAUCAAAGUCUUCAUAUAAAGUUUAUCAACAGAUAUUAUCGCCAGUUUUUAUUUUCUACAGACAGGUUUCUAUGUUAACGUUUAAUUGUUUGAGUGAACAUUUAUAGGUACCAUCCAGUGCCUAUAAAAUCAAGAAAGAAGAAGCGCUUUUAUUCUGCUCGCGUAAAAUUAUCUCCGAAAUCGUUUGACAACGAAUCAUCUAAAGAACUACUACGUAAAAGCAACGAAACUAUCUUCCCUGAUCAAACUCGAACACGAGAAGCGACGUUAUGAGUUCCACGAAGUCCGAAGACGACACCAGUAAGGACCAAAAAGACGAGGUCGAAUGUGUCAGACCAUUUGCCAAGAAUUCUCUAGAACCCAAGAGGAUGUUACGUCCAUGGCUAACCGAUGAAGACUCUAACUAUUAUAAGAUGGAUCAUUCUAAACGUGGUAUAGCUGUGAUCUUUAAUCAAGAAAAUUUCACCAACUUGAAUCUCCCUCUUCGCUCUGGUGCAAUAGAUUGCGACAAUCUUAAUUUUACUUUAAGAAAUCUCGGAUUUGAAGUAUCACUUUGUCAAAACAAAACACUUAAAAACAUAAGAAAAACUUUAAAAACAGUUGCUAAUACAGAUCAUUCUGAAAGUGAUUGCUUGAUAAUAGUCGUAUUAAGCUUCGGCAAACACGAUUAUCUCUAUGCAAGCGACACUUCUUAUAAAGUAGAAUCUCUCUGCAAUUACUUUACUGCAGAUAAAUGUCCGACCCUCGCCGGAAAGCCGAAAUUAUUUUUUAUUCAAGCUGGCUGUUGUAAUGUAAUUAAGCCAGGUACUUCUUGUGAACAGAGAGGAACAGAGGAUUUAUCAAAAGCGACGUUUCGUAUUGAACCUGACUUUCUGAUUGUCUACUCAGCCAUACCAAGCAAUUGUUUUCGGAACUACAUUGUGCGGCCAACAUGGUUCAUAGAAGCCUUAUGCUUACAAUUAUGCGAAAAUACUACUCAUUACGAUUUGAUGACUUUGCUGACAUUCGUAUCUUAUUAUAUUACCACAGACUAUUAUCCAACUUUAAGUAAAAAAUUGACUGAACAGCAGAAACAACAAAUUCCAUGCAUCACUUCUAUGUUGACACGCUUGAUAAAAUUUACUCCAAAGUAAAUAAAUGAUAAAUAAUUUGUGUGU